AUGGCCCUGGACAAUAAGAGCCGUCCCCCUCAGGUCGAUGAGGACCCUCUUCCCAUCGAGCACGAGGUUUCCCCAGACCCGUCACUUCAGAACCAGGAUCAACAGGAUGGUGUUCGCGUUGCGGAGGCGGUCACGGCUGUGUGGUCCAAGAAGGCUCUCUAUUUCUCCUAUGGGUGCAUGUGGAUGCUCUACUUUGUCAGUGGGCUGAACAACAAUCUCACCGCCAAUCUGUCGGCCUACAUCACCAGUGACUUCUCGGCACAUUCACUGUUGACGGUCAUUAGCAUCGUCACCAGUGUCAUGGGUGCUGCGUGCUUGCUGCCAAUUGCCAAGGUGCUGAACCUGUGGGAUCGGACGGUCGGUCUGGGCAUCAUGGUUCUCAUUGCGAUGAUGGGUCUGAUUAUGAUGGCGGGCUGCAACAAUAUUGCAACCUACUGUGCUGCGCAGGCCUUCUACACGGUCGGCUUCACCGGCGUGAUUUUCUGCGUGGACGUCCUCACCUCCGACACCUCCUCUCUACGCAAUCGUGGUAUCGCUUUCGGCUUCACCUCCUCGCCGUACAUCAUCACGGCCUUCGCCGGCGCACCGCUCUCGAACCAGUUCCACGAGACCGACUGGCGCUGGGCGUACGGAACCGUCUGCAUCCUGUUGCCCGUCGUUGCCCUCCCGUUGAUUUUGACCUGGGAGAUGGCCAAGCGCAAGGCUGACAAGGAGGGUCGGCUGCAAUACAAGCCCCGCAGCACGCGCACCUGGUGGCAAAGCAUCUGGUUCUACAUUAUAGAGUUCGAUGUUGGCGGCAUCAUCCUCAUGAUCGGCGGUCUGAUCCUCUUCCUGACCUCAUUCAACAUCGCCGGCAACACCGAGGAGGAGUGGAAAUCGCCCAAGAUCAUCGCGAUGAUGGUCGUGGGCUUCUGCGUGCUGCUGCUGUUCAUCGUCUACGAGCGCUGGGGCGCGCCCAAGCCGUUCAUCCCGUACCACCUCCUGACCAACCGCACCGUCAUCGGGGCGUGCCUGCUGAGCACGACCUAUCAGAUCUCGUACUACUGCUGGGCGAGCUACUACACCUCGUUCCUGCAGGUGGUGUACAACACGAGUCUGACGCAAGCGGGCUACAUCAGCUCAAUCUUUGAUCUGAUGGACCCGAUCUGGCUGAUCGGGUGCGGAUACCUGAUCCGGGUGACGGGCCGAUUCAAGUGGCUGCUGCUGUGGGCAGUCCCCCUCUACCUGCUGGCCAGCGGGCUGAUGAUCUACUUCCGCACCCCCGACCACUCCGUCGGCUACAUGUGCAUGUGCCAGAUUUUCUUAGCGGUCGGCGGCGGCACCCUGAUCCUCAUUGAGCAGGUCGCCGUCCUGGCCGCCUCCUCCCACGAGGAGUACGCCGCCAUGCUGGCCCUGCUUAGCACCUUCGGGAAUGUCGGCGGCGCCGUCGGCAGCAGCGUCUCCGGCGCCAUCUGGACCAACACCCUGCCCCAGAAGCUGCGCCAGUACCUUCCUGCUGACACCCUCGACCAGUGGGAGGAGAUCUAUGAGUCCCUCGACGUCCAGCUUUCCUAUCCUGUCGGCUCCGAGACCCGCAUCGCUAUCCAGAAUGCCUACGCCUCCAGUCAGCGCAAUAUGAUGAUCACUGGUACGGCGCUGAUGGGGCUGUCCAUCGCUUGGGUGCUGAUGAUCAAGAAUAUCAAGAUCAAGGAGAACAAGGACGUCUCCAAGGUGCUGUUCUAG